ACACUCUGGAAAAUUUCACCUCUCCUUCCAAGGUGGGGGGAGGGGGUCCUUGAGCCUUAAGGAAAGGGUUUGAAGGGGUUCUCCAGCCCAGGCCCAGGGACUUGGGGGCUCCCUGUGUGGCCCUGGGCAGGAAAGCGACACCCUUCACUGCCAUCCCUGGGCAACGGGCUGGGGCUGGGCCCAGGGCCCCCCUCCAAGGCCGGGCAGGCCCCAGGCUUUGCUCGAGGUGGGACCACAGGCUUUGCACCUCCACUUCCUCCCGUGUGAGACAGAAACAACACAUGCUUCCAGGACUGAGUCACCAGGCACCAUAUUGUGGCGCUCAGUGACUGCGAGCCCAGCUGUGCAGACCUGCAGACACACACUGCGCACACACACCGCGUCCACGCGAGCCCGCGGCCCUUCUAGGUGCCUCUGGGCGCUCAGCACUGGGGCCCGGACGUGCAACCAGACCGCAGCGGCCACCCGCAACAGGGCCUUCUGCAGCUGGAAGAUUCUCGAAGUCCCCUGUCUGGGACGCCCCGCACCCAGACCUGCAUAUUCUGUGUCUGCACGCAGCGCGCCCCCACCUCAAGAAGAGCAAAGCCUGGCUGGAGGAAAAAAAAAAAAAGUUUUAAGAAAUAUGUUGGUGGACGAACCGAAAGGGGCCUUUCUGGGGAGGUGAGGGCUUCCCCAGCCGCGGCCUGGGCUGGGGCGCUGAGCCCGGCUUCCUCUGGUCCCUCCAGGAGGGUCGCGGGCCCGGGCCAGGGUAACUAAUCCGCGGGCCUAGGAAGGGGUCAAGGGGCCAGAGGGGACGCACCCAGCCCGGGGCGCCGCUGGGGACUUGGAGACCGGCGGGCGGGCGUCCGGGUCCCGCGCGUGCGCGCACCCAGAAGGGGCCGGCGACCCCAGGAGGCCCCGCGCAACCCAGGGGCAGAGGGGACCCUCCCGCGCGCCCGGGGCCCCUGGGAAACUCGGAGCCGCCCCGCCCGCGGGCAGUGGCGAGGGCCGGGGGCGCUGAAGGGGUUAAUGCACCUGGGCCGCCGCCGCCCCUGCGGCCCCUCCUCCCGCCGCCGGGAAGAGGAAAGUCUCGGCGGGGGCGCGGCCCGGCCUCCGCCCCCGCCCGCUCGCCAGCCCGGCUGCACCGACCCAGCCGCGGCGCACAGAGCUGCGACCCGCGCGUCCCGCUCCGCCGCCCGGCCGGGCCGCCAUGUCUCUGUGGAAGAGAACCCUGUACAAGAGUGUGUGCCUGGCUCUGGCCCUCCUCGUGGCCGUGACGGUGUUCCAGCGCAGUCUCACGCCGGGCCAGUUCCUGCAGGAGCCCCCGCUGCCCACCCUGGGGCUGCCGAGGGCCCAGAAACCCAGCGGAAACCUGGUGAACCCCAACAGCUUUUGGAAGAGCCCGAAGGAUGUGGUCGCCCCCACGCCCGUGGCCCUCCGGGGGCCCCAGGCCUGGGAUGUGACCACCAACAACUGCUCAGCCAAUACCAACCUGACCCACCAGUCCUGGUUCCAGGGCCUGGAGCCGCACUUCCAGCAGUUUCUGACCUACUCCCACUGCCGCUACUUCCCCAUCCUGCUGAACCACCCCGAGAAGUGCAGGGGCGAUGUGUACCUGCUCGUGGUCGUCAAGUCCGUCAUCACCCAGCACGACCGCCGCGAGGCCAUCCGCCAGACCUGGGGCCUGGAGCGCGCGUCCGCGGGCAGGGGCAGGGGCGCCGUGCGCACGCUCUUCCUGCUGGGCACGGCUUCCAAGCAGGAGGAGCGCACCCACUACCAGCAGCUGCUGGCCUACGAGGACCGCCUGUACGGCGACAUCCUGCAGUGGGACUUUCUCGAUAGCUUCUUCAACCUGACGCUCAAGGAGAUCCACUUCCUCAAGUGGCUGGACAUCUACUGCCCCAGCGUCCCCUUCGUCUUCAAGGGGGACGACGACGUCUUCGUCAACCCCACCAACCUGCUGGAGUUCCUGGCCGACCGGCGGCCGCAGGAGGACCUGUUCGUGGGGGACGUCCUGCAGCACGCCCGGCCCAUCCGUAGGAAAGACAACAAGUACUACAUCCCGCCGGCGCUCUACAGCAAGGCCAGCUACCCGCCCUACGCCGGCGGAGGCGGCUUCCUCAUGGCCGGCGGCCUGGCCCGGCGCCUGCACCGCGCCUGCGACACCCUGGACCUGUACCCGAUUGACGACGUCUUCCUGGGCAUGUGCCUGGAAGUGCUGGGCGUGCAGCCCACGGCGCACGAGGGCUUCAAGACUUUCGGCAUCUCUCGGAACCGCAACAGCCGCAUGAACAAGGAGCCCUGUUUCUUCCGUUCCAUGCUGGUCGUGCACAAGCUCCUGCCCGCCGAGCUGCUGGCCAUGUGGGGGCUGGUGCACGGCAACCUCACCUGCUCCCGCAAGCUCCAGGUGCUCUGACCCCCCCACCCCCAGGCCUCCAGGACGGGCCAGGGCGCGGGCUCUUGGGUCCCCAGCAUCCCCGGAAGUGCUGGAAGGGGAUGUGGUGGGGGAGCAGGUAACCGGCGAGGUGGCUCCCCGUGGUCGUCAUUUCCAGGAAACCCAGGCACGGCGGGGGCUGCUCAGACUGGAGGGCGUCAGAGGGGCCAGGACGCUCCUCUCCUGGGCCUGUGGCCCAGCCCCCUCCGCCCCCGUGAGAGGCCCUGGCGGCCUCGGAAGAAAGCUCGUGUUCAGGUGCGCCGGCUUGGCCUGGCCCUGGUAGGUCGGUGGCCACCACAGGGCAGAGUCUCUGUGAAAUGCCUCGGUCUCCCCCCAGGGCCCCUGCAGGAGAAACAACCCUGUGCAGGCUCACAGGGCCUCCCGCCUCCACCCCACCCCCGCAGCCCACGGCCCGGGGCUCCUGGGACAGGGAGGCCCAGCAGGCUCCCCGCACAGCCCCCCCUGCCCGCGCCCACCCGUGCGCGCUCCGACUACCUCAGCGCCCCUCAGAGCCCAGCCUGGGUGCGGGCUGCAGCCCCACCACACCCCGACACGGGGCUGCCGAGCAGGCUCCUGGCCCCAGAGCCCUGGUGCUGCCCGGCGCCAGCCCCAGCCGAGGCCCCUCCCUGGAUGUGGACAUUUUUCUGUUACUGUGAAGUUUUAUUUAUGAAGAAUGUGGAGGGAGAAGGCUCCAGGCCUCCGGAGGCGGGGGACCCCCUUCCCUGCACCCCCACGCCCUUCCCAGCCCCGGCCGCACCUCUGCCUCCCCAGGGCGCCCCGCAGACCAGCAUCGCCCUUGCUCCUGUGCAGGGAGGCCCAGGCCCUGGGGUGGGUGCAGAGGGCGCGGCCCCUACCUCACAUUGGAGUCACCUGGCGAAGAGGGAGGGCUCAUCUCUAUUUUCUCAAUAAAACGGGACUGGUUUC